AUGCCGACCUUUCCAGCUUACCACAUCAAACCAAGCGAAAAAGCACAUAAACUCACAAAAUUAACAGAAAAGCGAGCACAUAUAGAGAUGAAAAAUAGAAUGUUUCGAUCAGAUGAAACGUCACUAGUACUAGCAGUAGUAAUAAAAUUUCCAAUUCCAAAGGAAGAAGAUAAAAUUAAAUUGAGAUGA